AUGGCCGAAGAUUAUUUCCCAGACAUCCCCAUCCCUCCGCCCAAAAACCGGGGCUACCUCCAACCCUUCAUCCUCCCCCCGCGCCGGCAGCACACCCACACCGUGAUUCUCCUCCACGGCCGCGGCGGCAACGGUCGCGACUUUGGCGUCGAGCUGAUCACCACCAAGCUUCUCUCAUGCGACACGCUCCCGCAGCGCUUUCCCAGCACAAAAUUCAUUUUCCCCACCGCCAAGCUACGGCGGUCCACGCAGUUCAAGCGCAUUCCCAUCGCGCAAUGGUUCGACCUGACGAAUCUAGGCACGGAAAAUGAGCGACGGGACAUACAGCAUGAAGGACUGAGGGAGAGCGCGCAGUUCGUACAUCGGAUCAUCGAGGAGGAGGCGGCGCUGGUGGGGAUUGGGAACGUUGUUGUGGGCGGGCUGAGUCAGGGCGCUGCGCAGGCACUACAUAUACUGAUGAGCUACGAUGAUGGCGGGAAGGGCGGCCUGGGAGGGUACGUGGGUAUGAGUGGUUGGUUGCCGUUUCAGAAAGAGAUGGCAGAACUGGUGAAUGAGUACUCUCGUGAUGCGAACGGUGACCGAUUGGACGACCCGUUUGAGAGGAAUGGAGAAGACGGGCCGGCGCACCUACUAAACUUGUCGGGUGAUAGCCGUUCCGAUCUUGGCGCUCGUGCGGUGAAUUUCUCGCGUGAAUGUGUCCUUGAUAUCGACCCGCUUCCACCGAGGGAUACGGCGCCUGGCUGCCUAUCCACCCCCAUCUGGCUUGCGCACGGGGCGCUCGACGAGAAGGUCCGACCGCGCUUGGGCGAACUGGCCGCUCAGACGAUGGAGAAGCUUGGGUGGGACGUUACGUGGAUGCUGUAUGAUGACCUGGAGCAUUGGUUUGCGCCAUACGAGCUGGAUGAUAUGGCCAUAUUUUUGAGCGCGAGGGUGGGCAUACCGGAGGUAGAUUAG